AAAACAUCAUCUGUGGGGGCAAGAAAAGGACACCAUCUAAUCAAGAAAACCAUGUACAUCUGCAUAUCUACAUACUGCCUCACUAAACAACAGACUACAACCACAUCUACUGCCUCACACAGAGCCAGUGAACAGAGGACAUGAGGAUACUUGAUGAACAAGGACGGACAGUCACUGACCUCAUGAAGACAUCGGGUCAGAGAAGCCCACAGGGGAACCGUCUUCCUUUCAGCCCACACAUUACCUGCGUCCAUUCAUCCAAAAUCCCUCCUGAAAAGCAGCUUGUGGACACAAUGUUCAUUGUUGGUGGUUGGACCCCAACAGCUGCGUCAUGUGCUGUGGAACGAUUUGAUCCUUUCUAUAAUGAAUGGAGAACAAUGGCACCAAUGCUGAAGCGUUGUGGAGAUGUAGCUGUCUGCUCAUUGGGUGGAUUGAUCUUUACUGUAGGUGGACGUAAUGACAUCACCAGUCUGAGCAGUGUGGAGAAGUAUGACCCGAAAACGAAUCUGUGGAGCAGUGAGGUGACAUCCCUCAGCAGCCCCCGCAGUGGUGUGUGUGUGGUGGAGAUGGAUGGGUUCAUGUACGCCCUGGGGGGAUUUGAUGGAACAGUCUGUACCAACAUCGUAGAGAGGUAUGAUCCUGUGCUGAACACUUGGACCAAAAUGGCUCCAAUGCUCCAGCAUCGCUCUGGGGCGGCUGCGGCAGUACUGGAUGGGUUCUUAUAUGUCAUGGGAGGAACUGAUGGAGACAUUCCAUUGAAUUCAGUUGAGCGCUUUAACCCACUGGAAGGAACAUGGCGUCCAUGUCCUCCUAUGCGCUCUGCCAGAGAGAAUCCAGGCUGUGCGGUGUACUUACGACGGAUCUAUGUGGCGGGCGGCAGAGAUGAACUACUUUUGGAGCUCAGCACGGCAGAGAAGUUUGACCCUGACAACCUCAAGUGGACCCCGGUCAAACACAUGAGACACAAGCGGUUUAAAGUUUCACUGGCAGUGUUUGACGGGACGCUGCAGGCAGUCGGAGGCUCAGAUGGGAUAUCAACUCUUACAUCAGUUGAGGCUUAUAAUCCUGACUCAAACACUUGGAGACACUUCGGAUGUAUGAAGACUAAGCACGCAGGGGCUGGGGUUGUCUUGCUAAAAAGACACAUUAAGGACUUGCUCUAAAUUUGUGCUUUGUUUGCUAAACUUUUAGUUUGAGUAAAAAUCUAUUUAGUAGAUCUGUGACAGCAGUAAAAUGCGUUAUCAUCGAGUUUUAUGAUUGGUGGAGCUAAUAGUGUAUGUCAGGUUAUUGAGGUGAGUAAUGAAAUGAGUAAGCAGAAAAAUAAUUUAAUAUCAACCAUGAGAGAAACCAUCCCUUAUUAGAUGGAUCUCUCUGGGAAGGUUUUAUAUGAGUGCACAGUUAUUGAAAGUGCCUUGUUAAGUUCUCCUACUAAUAGACAGUCCCUCUGGAGCAAUUUGGUGUUAUAUGCAUUGGUCAAUGGCACUUUAAUGAAAGGAGAUAUUAGUACUUCUCCAUUUAACCUCUUUCAGGUUAUAAACCUCAGGCCUUUGAGUUUCCAUCCCAGAUCACAAUAGUACAACCACCCUAUGAAGGUUCAACAUCUCCCUCAUGUAAGAACUAAACACAACUUUUGACAAAGUACAAAGCUUAAAAGUUUGCGUAAAAAAUAUUAAAGCUCUUCUGUUAAAAAUUGUUCUUCGACUCAUGAAAAUACACAAGGAGGUUCAUACAAAUUAUGCGAGAACAUUUUCUGUGAAUAUCUUUUCAAUUUCAGAAUUAAAAGUAAUUUUGAUAUUUUUUGGGAUGUCAAAAAUGUCACACAACUGUCUCAGAGAGUGAAAUUCUUGAAUGGAAAUCUAGGAAUGCAUAUGUUUGACAUAAUCUUUCCUUAUUAAUUCUUAUAAUAAUGAAAGCAAUAAAUCAGCUUGGUUAUCCACCAAAUCAAAGUCAGAAACCAAUACUUUGAAAGACAUUUUACUGUCAUGUGACAAAAUUCUGACAAUAUAACUGUAAUAGAUAGGACCCAUUUAAACUCUUAUGUGGAGGAAAAAAAAACAAAAAAAACAUUGUUCACUGAGUAUAUGUAUUCAAGGUCCAAGAAAGUAUUUCCAUACUUUUUAUUUGAUGGUUACACCAAAUCAAUUUUGUUAUAAACAUUGUUUAGAAAUAGAUAAAAACCGACAUAAAUACAAAGAUGAAAUUUCUAUGAACUCUGUGCCUGUCUUUAAAACUAGUUUUUUAAAAGAUUUCUCUGAAAAGCCUUAUUUAUUGAACCUUGUAAGGAUGUGAUUAUUGCUCUUUAUUACCUUAGUAUUGAAAAUAAAGGACAAUUGUAUUGUC